UGUUACCUUAGGGGCGGGGCCUAGGUGGGUGGAGAAUCUUCUAUCUGAGAAGGUAAACGCGGAAGCAAAGAAACACUACACGAGACAAACUUCAGAAAAUAACCGAUAGAUAAGGAUUGAAUGCUGCUGGACGAACGAUAAAAACAAGUUGAUGAUGGGCCUGUGUGACGGCCUCUCCCACUGUAAACUGGCCCUGGCCUUCGCUGUGUUGAUGGACUUACUGGGAGCAUCCGCUCUGCUGCUGGGAGUCUUCGCCCCCAUGGAGAUCAAAGGACAAGACUUUGGAGACCUACUGGUCUAUUCUGGAGCUCUGUUCAUGGUGAUGUCUCUGGCCGGGUGGGUGCUGUGGUACAGCGGAAACAUCGACGGUCUGACGUCCAAGAGUGAACUGGGACACAUCGGCAGCGCCGUAGACCGCCUGGCUCGAAACCUGAGCCGCAAGUUCCGCACACACCGGGCCAACACUUACUCCUGACCUGGUCGGUACCAGCGCUGAGACACGCAGCAGGAAGUCUGAAAACGUUUCAGGUUAUAAAUCUUCUGAUGCCUGCGUUUGUCAGUAUUCUAACGAUGUCCGACACUAAGUCAAACUCUUCCUGUCUUAAGGAUACAAAGCAUGUCGGAAACAUUUUAAUUCCAGAUGUGCAUCUGGUUCUGUUACAUAGUUGUGCUAUUGUUUUAUUAUGAUUUUCAAUUUUUAUAUGUAGUGUUAUAAAUUCAGUAUAGCAGUGGCCACUUUCAAUAAAAGCCAUUUGUAAACAU